AUGAUGGAAACAAAUGAGACCAUUGUGGCAUUCUUCAUCAUUAAAGGAAUUUCAGAUGCUCCUGAGCUUCAGACCAUUAUAUUUCUUUUAGUUCUUUUAAUUUAUCUCCUAGCCCUUGGUGGGAACACGAUUAUACUCCUUCUGGUCUGCCUGGAUCAUCAGCUUCACACCCCUAUGUACUUCUUUUUGGCCAACCUGUCUGUUUUGGAUAUGUUCUCCACCACCGUCACUCUUCAUAAUAUCCUUGUCAUGUUUAUAACAGGGAAUAACUUAGUCUCUUAUGCUAGUUGUAUCUGUGAAAUGUACUUUUUUGGGUUUCUGAUAUGUGAUGAGCUCCUUUUCCUGACUGCUAUGAGCUUCGAUCGCUAUGUUGCCAUCUGUAAUCCUUUGAAAUACCACAUGGUCAUGAACCAAAGACUUUGCAUUAUACUUACCAUUGCCUGUUGGAUGUUAGGCAUGAUAGAAGUGAUCCCCUACAUUAUUCUGCUUUUGGGCUUUAGGUGUUACAGGUCAAAUGUAAUAAAUCACUUCUUCUGUGAUCUUGUGCCUCUUAUGAUACUAUCCUGCAGUGACACAUCAACCCUGGAGAUCUUAAGCUUGACAGAAGGUUUUCUCCUCAUUACUUUUACCCCCUUUGUUCUAAAGUUCAUAUCUUAUAUCUUCAUCAUUUCCACCAUACUGAAAAUCAAGUCAAGCACUGGAAGGCGUAAAGCCUUCUACACCUGCUCCUCACACCUCACAGUGGUCAUCCUUCUUUACUCAACCCUUUUUUUUCAGUACUUGAGGCCCACUUCAUCCGAUACUUCAAAGUCCAACAAGUUCUUCUCUCUUUUUAACACAGCUGCUAUUCCUGUCUUAAAUCCCCUUAUCUACAGCUUAAAAAAUAAAGAUGUUAAGUCAGCAAUGAUACGAAAACUUAGAUUGCUUAAAUGUUGGCGGACAAUAAUGUGA